UCAGAACGCUGAGCGCUAUAAUAUCAAGCAGGGGACGUCGCUCGCUCGCGAAUAUCUUUUGCAAAACGACUAGCUAGUAUGGGAUUGUUAGCAAGAGUGUAGCAUCAAAUACGGACGAAAAUUAUAACGAUUUUACUCCUUAUAUGAUAGUUAUGAAGAACGUAUAAUUAUAGAUACGGUUAUAAUUUAUUGUAAGGUCACUGCCUAACACCGAACACUGCGCUGCUUUGCCCAGCAAGUGCUCAUAGUAAGGCAGGGGAUUGGAGACCUCAUCAUUUCCGAGUUUUCGCAGCGGCACAGUGUGUUGGGUGGGACCCUGAGCUGUAAACUCAUCAGAUUGUGGCCUGCAGACGACCAGGGGGUUGUGGGAGAAGACGGGAGAGAAUCGUCCGUCGCAACACCAGUCUCACUGGACUGGAGGGAAUGCCUGAGAGAUGUGAAUCUAUGAGUUACUGCAGCGGUACUGCCGCCUCUCACAGGGAACCUAGGAAACCACCACCACCACCCAACCUGCUGCAGUCAGCCUGGAGAGCAGUGAGAACACUGGGACUGGUGGGAGAGAAGAAAGGAGAGGAGAGUGACGAGGGCUACUGCAGGCCUUUCAAGGACACACAACAACAGGCUGCAAUUUUUCUUUCCUUGACACACUGCUUUACACACUCACCGGCUAGCCAAUGAGUAGAUGAAGCCAACCCAACCCCACCGCUAGAAAGCAGUGUGCAUCCCAAAUGGCAGCUGAUUCCCUAUGUACCUUAUGGGCCCUGGUCGAGAUUAGUGCACUAUAUAGGGAAUAGGGUGCCGUUUUGAGAAGCAGCCAGUGCCUUUGCUGUCACCUUGUUGCCCUCUAACACCUCCGCCACCCCUGCAUGCCAUCCCUGAAUUGGUCAUGUGACAUGCCCCACCUCCCCUCCUUUCUGUCCCCCAUUAUCAGAGUUCCAGGGCUGCAGUGAAGAAUGCCUUAUAUGCACUUGUGCCUGUAAGGCUGUGAGGACUAGGGCCUGUCUGCUGUCUGUCCUGUCCCACUGUGGCUGCUUGAAGUCAUGUCCUGUGUGUCUGUGACAGCGAGAGAGAGACUUGCUUUGGCAACGUUAACAUGUGUUUCCCAUGCCAAUAAAGCCCUUGAAUUUAGUGUGUGUGUGUUAGGGGUGUAUCGGGGGCUAGGUCAGCUGAGAGGGCCUGUUUUAGGGCCCAGCUGUGUCUUGACUUGAAGGCUCUGCACCCAUUCUGCCAGAGCAGAGGGAGGAUGGGCUGGGGGAACAGCAGUCCUUGUGUUGAGGUUUAGUGUGACACGCUGUUCCAUGACCAAGGCACUUAAUGUGUCCCAAAUAGCACCCUAUUCCCUAUUUAGUGCACUAGGGAAUAGUAGGGAAUAUGGUUCCAUUUGGGACUAAAACUGUCUGCAGUGUGAACAAGAGGGUCAUCUGGUUCUGAGCUAUCCAUUCCAAGGCAUGGAGCUCUGCUCCUUCUUCCUGUCUUAUCAUUAGGAUGAAAGAUCUCUCAUAGAUAAGCUUAGGAAACAGGCUGCAUUAAAGGAAGGAAGAAUCCACACAAAACCACCCAUUACUAUAAUUUUGUGUUACAUAACACUAUGUGAGAACAAUUUUUUCUUAACAUUUUCAUUAUGUCAAGCAACACCCACAAUGCUCUCUUUACCAACUUUAAUAUAAGCAUGUGAAGUACAGUUGAAGUCUGAGGUUUACAUACACCUUAGCCAAAUGCAUUUAAACCCAGUUUUUCACAAUUCCUGACAUUUUAAUCCUCGUAAAAAUUCCCUGUUUUAGCUCAGUUAGGAUCACCACUUGAGAAGGUGAAAUGUCAGAAUAAUAGUAGAGAAUUAUUUAUUUCAGCUUUUAUUUCUUUCAUCACAUUCCCAAUGGGUCAGAAGUAUUUGGUAGCAUUGCCUUUCAAUUGUUUAACUUCUUCCGGAUCAGUGGGACGCCAGCGUCCCAAUCGACAACUUCUGAUGAAAUUGCAAUCACAGAAAUAGUCAUAUUUAACAUUCAUGAAAAUACAAGUGUCAUACAUCAAUUAAAAGCUUAACUUCUUGUUAAUCCAGCCGCUGUGUCAGAUUUCAAAAAGGCUUUACGCCGAAAGCACACCAUGCGAUUAUGUGAGGACAGUGCCCAGCACACACAAGCAUUAAACAUUUUCCAACCAGGCAGAUGCGCCACGAAAGUCAGAAAUGACGAUAAAAUAAAUUGCUUACCUUUUUUGAAGAUUCUGUUGGCAUUCCAAAAGGCCCUAGCCACAUCUCAAAUUGUCGUUUUGUUCGGUACUGUCCUUUAUAUCCCCAAAAACUCAGUUUAGCUGGCGCACUUGAUUCAAUAAUCCACCGGUUUCCCUCCUUCAAAAUGCAUAUAAAAUGAAUCCCAAACGUUACCAAUAAACUUCUCCAAACAAGUUCAACACCGUUUAAAAUCAAACCUCGGGUACCCUAAUACAUAAAUAAAUGAAAAAAUGUAAAACUGAGAAUCGUUAUUGUCAUUACCGGAGAUUAACCGAAAAGUGUGCGCAGUCACCAGAACUCGUAAUAAACACUACAGCCAAAAUGGGAGCCACUUAGAAAAACUACAAAUUUUUCCAAAAACAAGCCUGAAACCCUUUCUGAAGACUGACAUCUAGUGGAAUCCAAUAGGAACUGAAAUCGGGGAGGUUUUCCCUUCAUAUUAAACAUGACAGCCAUAGGAAUCUAUGGUUGGUGGAAUUAUUAUUAUUUUUCUGGAUGGUUUGUCCUUGGGUUUUUGCCUUCCAUAUCAGAUAUGUUAUACUCAGACAUUAUUUUAACAGUUUUAGAAACUUUAGAGUGUUUUCUAUCCAAAUCUACCAAUUCAUAUGCAUAGCUUCAGGGCCUGAGUAACAGGCAGUUUACUUUGAGCAUGCUUGUCAUCCAGACGUCAAAAUACUGCCCCCUAGCCCAAAAAGGUUCACUUGGGUCAAACAUGUCGGGUAGCCUUCCACAAGCUUCCCAAAAUAGCCUUCCACAAGCUUCCCGAAAUAGCCUUCCACAAGCUUCCCAAAAUAAGUCGGGUGAAUUUUGGCCCAUUCCUCCUGACAGAGCUGGUGUAAUUGAGUCAGGUUUGUAGGCCUCCUUGCUCACACACGCUUUUUCAGUUCUGCCCACAAAUUUUCUAUGGUCAGGGCUUUGUGAUGGCCACUCCAAUACUUUGACUUUGUUGUCCUGAAGCCAUUUUGCCACAACUUUGAAAGUAUGCUUGGGGUCAUUGUCCAUUUGGAAGACCCAUUUGCUACCAAGCUUUAACUUCCUGACUGAUAUCUUAAGAUGUUGCUUCAGUAUUUCCACAUAAUUUUCCUUCCCUCAUGAUGCUGUCUAUUUUUGAAGUGCACCAGUCUCUCCUGCAGCAAUGUACACCCACAACAUGAUGCUGCCACACCUGUACUUCACGGUUGGGAUGGUGUUCUCUUGCUUGCAAUCCUACCCCUUUUUCCUCCAGACAUAACAAUGGUCGUUAAGGCCAAACAGUUCUAUUUUUUUUCUCCAUCAGACGAAAGGACAUUUCUCCAAAAAGUACGAUCUUUGUCCCCAUGUGCAGUUGCAAAGCAUAGUCUGUCUUUUUUAUAGUGGUUUUGGAGCAGUGGCUUCCUUGCUGAGCGGCCUUUCAGGUUAUGUCGAUAUAGGACUUGUUUUACUGUGGAUAUAGAUACUUUUGUACCCGUUUCCUACAGCAUCUUCACAAGGUCCUUUGUUGUUCUGGGAUUGAUUUGCACUUUUCGCACCGAAGCACGUUCAUCUCUAGGAGACAGAACGCUUCUCCUUUCUGAGCGGUAUGCCAGCUGCGUGGUCCCAUGGUGUUUAUACUUCUGUACUAUUGUUUGUACAGAUGAACGUGGUACCUUCAGGCGUUUGCAAACUGCUAACAAGGAUGAGCCAGACUUGUGGAGGUCUACAAUUUUUCUUUUGAGGUCUUGGCUGAUUUCUUUUGAUUUUUCCCAUGAUGUCAAGCAAAGAGGCACUGAGUUUGAAGGUAGGCCUUGAAAUACAUCCACAGGUACACCUCCAAUUGACUCAAAUUAUGUCAGAAGCUUCUAAAGCCAUUACAUUAUUUUCUGGAAUUCUCCAAACUGUUUAGUCAGUCAACUUAGUGUAUGUAAACUUCUGACCCACUGGAAUUGUGAUACAGUGAAAUAAUUGUUGGAAAAAUUACUUGUCAUUCACAAAGUAGGUGUCCUAACCGACUUGCCAAAACUAGAGUUUGUUAACAAGAAAUGUGUGGAGUGGUUGAAAAACAAGUUUUUGUCUCCAACGUAAGUGUAUGUAAACUUCUGACGUCAACUGUAGCUAGUUAGCUGUAAAAUUGCCUUAACAAACUGCACUAUCAAUUUAGGAUUCUACAAUCUCACCAUGUUCAACCUGCAGAUCGAGUUACCACACAGUGGAGUCUGACAUUUGUAAUUGCACCAUGCAAUGCACCCUGGACUGAAGAGGCAGACAAAUAGGAGAAAUGUGUUAGACCCUCUGUUAAAUUACAAACUUCUCUUUAGGAAUAUUGCAACAAUAUCAUCAAUGGCUCAUUCUAGAGAACAUUUCCCAUGUAAUAAAAUCGGCCAGUAUAUAAAUCUGACAUGUAUGAUAGACAUUUUCACCAUCUUAGAGUUGUAUUCCUAUUAACUUCCAUUGCAGUGAGAGCAUCUUACGCCAAUCUAAAGUAGGCUGGCUAGCUACAGUAGUCUUCAAGGCAAGCCCAACACUUUUCCACUGUUAGUGUUUUCAUGAGGGAGGUUUUGCCGGGGGAGUUGUUAGGCACAGGCACGGCAAACGUUCUCCUCCUGGCCUUGUCUCCUCUCCUUCUGCAUCUCCGUGCCAAGAGUAAAAUGUUCAGAAUGUGUCAGAUACAAAUAUAAUCACUAGAGCUGACUUAAAUAGCUAUUCUGCCUUCUAUGAAUAUUCUCUGACAUUGCAUCUUCCUGACUGGGCCCCUGGUCAGACGGUCACAUCACAUGCAACACACUAACUCAUUAAUUUCCUUCUGUUCCAGGGUUGCAGCCAUGCAUCUCAAGCAACACCCCAAACUGCAGAAGAAAGAGAUCUACCUGGAAUCCAAUCAAGACAGCCAGAGAGGCCUUCAUGUGAGCCAGCACGGGGUCCUGUCACAGAGGACAGUGUGGGGGGUCCGCCCAGCAGUGGCCCUGAUUGGUCCGAUAAGCAACGGGCUAGGCCAGGGUACGGCCUGCUACCCCCUCAGUGUCAUAUCCACCAACACCCUGCCGUGCUGCAGUAAUGACAACAGUGGCUCCAACCACCUCAACAACAGUAAUAAUAACCACGGUGACAGUGGACUGCAGACCUCGAGGCUGAGUGAGUCCGAGGGGGAUGUAUUCUGCAGUAGUGCCACCUGGGCCCAGAGUAAAACCUCCAAGAUCACCUCCUGCAACACCCCCCCCUCCCUGCUACUCUCCACCUGCACCACCUCUUCUACAGGCUCUGAGAACCAGGAGGCAUCCUUAAUCUCUUAUGAAGGGGAGGACAGGGAGGGACCGCUGGAAAUCUGGGCUGUCAUCAAGCCUGGCAACACCAAGGAGAAGAUCGCCAUCUUCGCCUCGCCCCAGUGCCGUGGAAGCCUGGUGAACUGUGGCGAUGGAGAGGCCGGUGAGGACUUGGUGAGCAGCAGCCAGGUGAGGACCGUGUCUGUGAAGAUGAAGAGCUGCUGGGAGGACGAGGGUGGCUCUGUGGCCAAGCGCAGGAGGAGGUCAGGGUCUCAGGGGCACCACCAGGACAGAGAUAGACAGUCAUCCGGAGCCCUGGAGACACUGAGCCCCACUGAGAACAGCCCUGUAGAGGUGACCCUCUGCCUCAGAGAGAGCCCCAGAGUGCCUGAGUGUGGGGAGGUGGUUGUACGGGUGGAUGGGGGGCAGGUGUGUAGGGUAGAGGGUGAGGAGGUGAGUGAGACUGGGACUGACAAGGCUCUCUCUGUGGUGGAGUUGGUGGCCUUCUUGGAGCAGAGAGCCAGCGACAAGCAGGUGGACUCUAAGCCUGUGUCUAUGCGGAGCUCCACAAGCAUUACCUUAACCAGGGGGCUGUCACUGACCCUGGAGCCUAAGCAGCCCAGACACCCAGACCAGAACCCCCAGGGGACCGAUGAGGCAGAAUGUGUAAAGGUGUCAGACAUGGUGGCCAAGCUGGAGUCAGAGUGCCUGAAGCACCAGAGUGUUAGAAGGGAAGGGUCCAGAUCUGGGGGAGAGCUCUCACGCAACAGCCUCACGCGUAACAACCUCUCACGCAACAACAGCCUCUCGCGCAACAACAGCCUGCGGAGGAGGGUGGGCCGGGUGCUGCUGGCAGGAGCAGAUGCCUUCUCCAUCUCAGCCCAGCCACCAUCACCUCAGUCUCCCACUGGGCCCCACCAUGGACUAGAGGAGACGACCAGGGUGCCGCACCGCCACAUUAGUCCCUCUGCUGGCUAUCCCUCUGCUGGCUAUCCCUCUGCAAACACCAGCCACACGGACAAACUAGCUCCCAGCAGCUGCCGUGAAGCUGCCCAGUUGGCUUCCAGCACCUCUGACUCAGCCUCUCCGUCUCGCAGCAUAGACUCUGGGUGUGGCGCCUCUGUCGUCAGAGAGCCAAAGGAGAGCUGUGAGGCCCAGGGCCUGGGGCAGCAGAAGAAGAACAGGGCUGUAGAGUCUGGGCAGAACCUGCACUUCCAGCUCCUGUCAGAGCAGGCCAGGUCCAGCAGUACAGAGAGCAGAAGUAAACUACAGUGUGAUGAGCCCCUCCCAGGCAUGCUGUUCUUCUCACACACUCUGCCCUCACACGUGGUACUUGAACACACACUCCCACACACAGUCAAUACUCCCACCCACACACACACCCCCCAGGAAAUGGAAUCCAGCCCUAAACCCACCAGAGACUUGGCAGAACCCUCCAAGAUUCAGCCCUGUGACCCUUCUAUCACUUCUCUACUCCCUGAACCCAUAUCACACAGUGAGAACUGGGCCAAAGAGGAGGACGAGGCGGUGGGAGAGGGGAGUGAUGCUAGCCGGUGUGAGACAGUGCCUUUCCCCCUGCGCCGCAUGGUGUGUCACGAGUUUCUGGAGAUGCGCUUUAAAAUCCAACUGCUUCUGGAACCCCAGCAGUACAUGUCCUUCCUGCCUCAUCACAUCAUCAUCAAGAUCUUCUGCCUGCUGCCCACAGAGAGCCUGGCCGCGCUCAAGUGCACCUGCCACUAUUUCAAGUUCAUCAUCGAGAGCUACGGCGUGCGCCCCGCGGACUCCCGCUGGGUGUGCGACCCCCGCUACAAAGACGAUCCCUGCAAGCAGUGUAAAAAGCGGUACGGGUGCGGCGACGUGUCCCUCUGCCGCUGGCACCACAAGCCCUACUGCCAGGCGCUGCCCUAUGGCCCCGGGUACUGGAUGUGUUGCCAUGGCUCCCACAAAGACACGCCCGGCUGCAACGUCGGUCUCCAUGACAACCGCUGGGUGCCUGCCUUCCAUAGUAUCAACAUGCCAAUCUAUAAGAAACCCAGGGACGUCUCUGAGGAGUAGUGGUACAGACAAUGGGAGGAGAACUGACUUGACUUCUGUGCGCUUUAUUUUGUCUGAGGGCUGAUGUCUGUCUCUUGCCAUAUGUGCAUUUAUUUGUGGGGAGUUUGAGGGAAAUCAUGUUGCUGGAUCUCUUCCUUUACCACUUCCCCCUCCUGACCCCUAACCUCUGACCCCUCAGGUCCUCUGAGAUUGUGAGCACUUUAACCGUGGUCAGAAUUCUCAAUCCUCAAAGGAUUCUGUCAGGGUAUUCUAUUUACUUGCUUCAAUGUUUUGGGUUGAAGCAUAAACUCUGGUUCUGAUAAGUGUGUGUUGAAGAGAAGAGCUUUAAUGAGUCUUUGUCUUCAGUGUUGAUGCUUAAUGUGUCCCUCCUUACCAUAGCUCUUUCCUUAUGCAUCAACUGACCGUUACAUUGGAAUGGAUACUUUAGUCAAGGUAAAGCCUAUCAAUGUUAUGCAGUGUAUCCCACCCACAAGUGAUUUACUCAGUGUGUGUUAUGUUGUCUAAGUGAAUACAUACAUGGCUGCAGGUCCUCGGUUUAUGCAAAAUGUGAAUCAACCCUAUUCCAUAUCCCGGUUGCUUCCCAAAUGGCACUUAAUUCCCUAUAUAAGGCACCCACAGGGCUCUGGUAGUGCACUAUAUAGAGAAUAGGGCGCCAUUUGGGUAACGGAAUCUAUAUCCCCACUCCACUAUAUCAGGCUCCGGGUCAGAGAGGCUUUGUUGUUGGUUUUGGAUCUGAUUGAAACUAGUUUGCUCUGUGUUCGGUUGUGUUUACAUUGUACAUGGUGCUAUAGAGUCUUAUAUCAAAAACAGGGAGAAUAAGCGUGACGAGCAGCACGAGUAUCUAUGACUUGACUUGAAUGCAUUUAUUAGCUUCAGUUUGGUAAAAAG